GCCGUGUUGCUCCGCGUCCGUCUGACAUCGGUUGGAACCGCUGGCGAGGCUCCACGUUUGGAAGUGUGUAACACAGAAAUUGGGAUCAUUAAUUGACGUUUCCAUCUCGUUACCGUGCCAUUUCAGGAAGUACUUUGUAGGAAGGCUGUAAUUUGUUUAAAAUGCUGUUGUAAAAUCUAAUCUGCAGCACUCCCAGUCCCGGAGAGUCGCUAGCUCUGAUUUGGAUGCUUUUUUUUCCAAGGCAGCUCUAGCAGCUUUGUAUUUUCUCAUGCUAUUUGGUCCAGACUGUGCACUAAUGUGCUGGUGAUUAACUUGCAACCUUGCAGUGCCAGACUCUCCAAAGUGAGCAGGCUGCCAAAACCGGGUUGUUCUCCUCAGGAGCUUUUUGUAUUCAGUGCUGUUAGGAAUUCGGACGGCCUUUAACUGCAAUUACAUCUUCGUUUGUGAGUGGUUCUCUUAAACGACAAGAAGCAUUGCUGGUGGUUUUCUGUGCUGCUUUUUGCUGUGGGUUUAAUUAUUAGUGCUGAGUCGUCAGUUUAGAGAGUGUAGCUUCAAAUCUUUCAUUUACAUUCUGUUCUUUUUGACGUGUGAAUGUAUCAGUAACUGCUUUGAGGACUAUGUGAGCCACCCCUGAGGGACAGUGAGGAGUAAAGCAGGGGAUAUCGAUCCUGCUGUAGCCUGGAAUAGAAAAACUCCAAGCCUACAUGCAGUAAGUGGAGGCAAUGGCUUUGCUGUUGGUGUGAGUUCAGUUGCAAUGGACCACAGCCCCUCCAUGAAGGGACUUUUCCAUUGCUGAGGGUACAGCUGGCUUCCCCCAGCGAGCAAACCCAAGCAGGUCUGUUUCAGCAGUUGAUCUCAUCCGGCUCACAGCUGAUCUUUAAACUCUCGCAGCUCCCCAUUACAGUGUGGAGUUGUUUUCCAUCCUGUAAAGAUCUUUGUCUGUUUGCACAGCUCGAGUUGUGUCAUGGUGCUGCCCUGCCCGAAGGCCGAGCGGCGCGGUGUGAAAGCAGCGCCGGUGUGGUUUGUGUGCUCUGUGAGCAGAGGGUGGUGUUUGCUCUGAUUGAAGGCUGACAGCAUCGUAUUCCAGAAAAAAAACCAAACCAACACGUCACGUUUUAUACAAAAUCAAACCAUGUCUCCAAUUACAUUUGCUAUCUAUACAACAGCUUAUCUGAACGUCUUGAGAACGUUCGGGCUGCCUCCGAAGCUGCGUACCUGGGUUCUGGUAGUGACACUUGAGCAGGGAAGGCAGGGCAUGCUGUAAAUCACAGCCUUGUUUUAAACGAGCCUUUCGCUCUGCAGUAGCUGUUCUGUUUUGUUCUGUUCUGUUUUGUCCCUUCUCUCUGCGAUUGUUCAGAAAGCAGCAUGUGUGUCUGUGUGCCUCCCAGGCUGAUGGUUGGUGACCCUGCCUGUGGCACAGGGUUGAAACUAGGUGAUCUUUAUGUUGUUUUCAACCCAGGCCGUUCUGUGGUUGCAGAGGCUGUUUGCUGCAUCGUUUUUGCUGCAUCGUUUUUGCUGCAUCGUUCUUCCUGGGUCAGUUCUGAAAAGCUCCCUGAGUUUCUCUGCCAUUUCAGCACCCAAACCUUGUUUUCCCAUCGGAUUUGCUGUUAGUGGAUGGGGUGGGCAGUUCGUGCUGGGAAUGCUGCCACUGGAUGCUGGUUUGGGCACUUUGUGGAUCUUCACAAACUGCUCUGACCUGCCAGAUAUUCGCUGUGAACCUGGAGUUACGCGUUCCUGCACGACGUUGCCGUGCCCAGGGUUACCCAGCUGGUUCAUUUGUGGCACUGACGUGCGGUCUCUGUUUCUGCUGAUCUGUUUUGGUGCAGAUUUGCAUUCCUUAGAGAUAGCUAGUUAUGGCAGCAGUUAAUUAUAGGGGGACAAAGAUAGCAGAACUUGCACAGCAAGGCCCCGUGCAGCUAUUUUAGAUGUGUGGUUGGAGGAGCGCCGUCGUGCAUCGCUUCGUGUGCCCCAGUGGCACUUGGGGAGCUGGGCAGGAAGGAGCACCAGGAGGAGCUGGCUCUGUCCACGGGCUGCAGGGCAGCUCUGCUCUGCUGCUUCCCUCCCCCAGCUCUCCUGCUUUGCUCUCAUAGUUGAGAUGUUUGCAUCUACAAAUAGAUCCCGACGCUGUGUGAAUGAAUGCCGGGCUGCUUAAUAUUCCAGUUGGUUUUGGAUGCCCUUGCUGAAUGGUGCACCAUCUCCAAGAGGUACACGCCACAGGGUUCAACUAUCAGAAUGAGGAUGAGAAGGUUACCCUCUCCUUUCCCAGUACCCUUCAGAAAGGGACGGGAACGUUGAAGAUAGACUUUGUAGGGGAGCUGAAUGAUAAAAUGAAAGGUUUUUACCGAAGUAAAUACACAACCCCUACUGGAGACACACGCUAUGCUGCUGUCACUCAGUUUGAGGCUACUGAUGCUCGCAGAGCUUUCCCUUGCUGGGAUGAGCCUGCUAUUAAGGCGACUUUUGAUAUUUCAUUGGUGGUUCCUAAAGACAGAGUAGCUUUGUCAAAUAUGAAUGUCAUUGACCGGAAGCCGUACCCAGAUGAUGAGAACCUGGUGGAAGUCAAGUUUGCUCGCACCCCCAUCAUGUCGACGUAUCUGGUGGCAUUUGUGGUGGGAGAAUAUGACUUUGUAGAGACCAGGUCCCUCGAUGGGGUCUUGGUGCGUGUUUACACUCCUGUGGGCAAAGCUGAGCAAGGAAAGUUUGCGUUAGAGGUUGCUGCUAAAACUCUGCCUUUUUAUAAGGACUACUUCAAUGUUCCUUACCCUCUUCCUAAAAUUGAUCUCAUAGCUAUUGCAGAUUUUGCUGCUGGUGCCAUGGAGAACUGGGGCCUUGUUACUUAUAGGGAGACUGCGUUGCUCAUUGACCCCAAAAAUUCCUGUUCUUCAUCUCGCCAGUGGGUGGCUCUGGUUGUGGGACACGAACUUGCUCAUCAGUGGUUUGGAAACCUCGUGACCAUGGAGUGGUGGACCCAUCUUUGGCUGAACGAAGGGUUUGCCUCCUGGAUUGAGUACCUGUGUGUCGAUCACUGCUUUCCAGAGUAUGACAUCUGGACUCAGUUUGUUUCUGCUGAUUACACACGAGCUCAGGAGCUCGAUGCCUUAGACAACAGUCACCCAAUUGAAGUUAGUGUUGGCCAUCCAUCCGAAGUAGAUGAAAUAUUUGAUGCUAUUUCUUACAGCAAGGGAGCAUCUGUGAUCCGAAUGCUGCACGACUACAUUGGUGAUGAGGACUUUCGGAAAGGAAUGAAUUUAUAUUUAACAAAGUUCCUGCAGAAGAAUGCAGCCACAGAGGACCUCUGGGAAAGCCUGGAAAAAGCUAGUGGUAAACCUAUUGCUGCUGUGAUGAACACAUGGACCAAACAAAUGGGAUUUCCACUCAUUUACGUGGAAGCUGAACAGCAAGAAGAUGACAAAGUGUUGAAGUUAGUCCAGAAGAAGUUCUGUGCCAGUGGACCAUAUGCUGGGGAGGAUUUCCCCAUGUGGAUGGUCCCCAUCAGUAUUUGUACGAGUGACGACCCCACCAGUGCCAAAAUGCAAGUGCUGAUGGACAAGCCAGAGCUGACCUUGGUUUUAAAAGAUGUAAAACCAGACCAGUGGGUGAAGCUGAACCUUGGCACAGUAGGCUUCUACCGCACGCAGUACAGCCCUGAGAUGCUGGAGAGUUUAAUACCAGCCAUCAAAGACCUCUCCCUACCCCCCGUGGACAGGCUCGGCCUGCAGAACGAUCUUUUCUCUCUGGCCCGAGCUGGAAUCAUUAGCACUGUAGAGGUUCUGAAAGUGAUGGAAGCGUUUGUGAAUGAGCCCAAUUACACGGUGUGGAGCGACCUCAGCUGUAACCUGGAGAUUCUCUCAACUCUCUUGUCCCACACAGACUUCUAUGAGGAAAUCCAGGUGUUUGUGAAAGAUGUCUUUUCACCAAUAGGGGAGAGACUGGGAUGGGACCCCAAACCUGGAGAGGGUCAUCUAGAUGCCCUUCUGAGAGGUCUGGUGCUGGGCAAACUUGGCAAAGCCGGGCACAAGGCUACCUUGGAAGAAGCCCGACGCCGGUUUAAAGACCACGUGGAAGGAAAAAACAUCCUGUCAGCUGACCUGAGGAGUCCUGUCUACGUCACUAUUUUGAAGCAUGGAGACAGCACUACUUUAGACACCAUGCUCAAGCUUCACAAGCAAGCAGACAUGCAGGAGGAGAAGAACCGAAUCGAGCGCGUCCUCGGGGCCAUCUCCCAGCCUGAGCUGAUUCAAAAAGUUCUCACCUUUGCACUUUCAGAAGAGGUACGUCCCCAGGACACCGUGUCUGUCAUCGGAGGAGUGGCUGGAGGCAGCAAGCAGGGGAGGAAAGCUGCUUGGAAGUUUGUACGAGACAACUGGGAGGAGCUCUAUAAUCGAUACCAGGGUGGAUUCUUGAUAUCCAGACUAAUAAAGCUGACAGUGGAUGGGUUUGCAAACGAUAAAAUGGCGGCGGAAGUCAAGGCUUUCUUCGAGAGCCACCCGGCGCCGUCGGCGGAGCGCACCGUGCAGCAGUGCUGCGAGAACAUCCUGCUGAACGCCGCCUGGCUGAAGAGGGACAGCGAGGACAUCCAUCAGUUCUUCGUGCAGAGGAAGGGGCCGCCCCCCGCCACGGCCUGAAGCCCCACCGCCUCCGUGGGGGGGGGGGGGAAGGAAGGAAGGAGGAGCCGCUGCCCCGCGGCCGAUCGAUACGCCAAGAAUUCGGAGUCUUUUUAUCUCAAGCGGACGGGGAUUGGACUGAAUGUAGUGAAGUGGUUCCUGCUCACACUCCAGAAUUAAAAUUGGAUGAAAAUUAAUCGCGAUUCAACGAAAAGAGGGGGAGAGGAGAAAGAGAGAGAAAGGAAAAAGGAAAAGAGAGAGGGAAAAAAAAAAAAAAAAGGAAAAAAAAAAUCUGUAAAUAUGAUAGUAAUAAAAUAGAGCAUAACAAAACUGUGAAACUUCCUCCAGCCUUGUCGGUGGUCACAAUAUUUAACAGCCCCUCCUCGUUGGCAGAUGUUCUGGUGGAUUUUGUUUGGUUUUCUGUUUUUUUUAAUGCCCUCCCCCCCUAAAAAAGAGGAAACCAGCAGAGCGAGGUCAGCAGAACUGGGGGCAGGAGAGGCUGGGCGCUCAGAAGGCAGGAGGCCAAACAGCUCCCAGCUCCCAGCACAAGGUUUGGGGCAGGAGAUGCUCCCACAACCCCCCCUCACCCCACAGAUCGCAGGCUCCCCCUUUUUUGUGUUACCUCUCAGCAGAAAGAAAACCCUCCUGCCGCUCUCUGCUCCUCGGUUCCACUUUGCUGAUAACGGGCUCGGAUGGAAACAUCUUCCAUAGCCGCUUCCGACGCCAUUCAGUCUCUCAUCCUUUUUCCUCCUGCCCCCUGCAUGCCCACAGGCGGCGCUUUGUGCCCGGCUCCCCGCUGCUGCCUGGGCCCCCGCUCUGCUCCGUGUCCCCACUCCCAGCCCGUCCCACCUCCUCGUAGCAGCAGUAGCUUCUCUUUCCUUCCUGUGAUGUCGAUGGUCAUUGGAUUCAGAAGCCUUAAACGAGUGCUGAUGAAGCCUGAGCUGCGUUUCCUUGGUGCGGGCUGCUCACCGCCACGAUGCCCUGACAAAAAAAGGUUGGAGCUCCGUACGGAUUUUUUUCCCCUUUCUUUAACAAGAAUUCAUCUUUGUUGUGGCUUCACUGCACUUCAGAAGGUCAGCAGACUGUCAGCCCGCUUCCCCCAAAACAUUUUUGUGCUCUUGUUUAAAGAAACAAACAAAAAACCCAACCAACCCAACAGAAAAACCACAAGGAAAAUUCCAAACAAGUUGGCGUUAAUAAAAAUGUCAAUGUGAAAUUC